AUGUUGAGUUAAUUGAGGUAAAACUCGAGUUUUCUCUAAUAAAAGUAUGAUAUCAUCAAAAAGAUUGGUGAAGGUGGUUAAGGAGUAGUAUUAUUAGGAUAAAAUAAAUUCACAAAACAAUUGGUAGCAAUAAAAAAAAUUAAAUACUAAGCUUGCUUAGGUUAAGAAUUAGAUGGAAUUUAUAAAGAAUCCAUAAUUUUAAAGAACUUAGAUCAUAAAAAUAUUGUUAAAAUGCAUUAUUGUUAUUUAAUGUAAAAUUAAAAAGAGAUUACAUUAGUUAUGGAAUAUUUGAAUGGUGGCUCUUUGAUAAACUAAGCUAAUGGUAAUUAUUAAUCUAUAUAAAUUCUUAUAGCAAAAUUAUCUGAAAGUGAUGCAAAAUUGUAUUCUAAAUAAAUAGUAGAUGCAAUUGCUUAUUGUCAUGAAAAAAACAUUGUACAUUGUGAUUUGAAAUUAGAAAAUAUCAUGCUGACAUUUCAAAAUUCUAAAUAAGUAAUUUUUUAAUUUAAAAGUUAGAUUAAAAUUAUUGACUUUGGGGUUUCGAACUAUAUUGGACAAUAAUAAUAAAUUGAUAAUGUUUUAGGUACUUUAUCUUAUCUAGCUCCAGAAAAACUUAUGAAAUCUUAAAAAUAAAUCUAACCUUCUUAAGAUGUUUGGGCAAUUGGAUGUAUUAUUUAUGGAUUAGUUUUUGGGAGUCUUCCAUUUGAUGGUGUUAACUCUUCUGAAACUUGUAGAAAUAUAAUAUAAUGUAAUUACAGUUUUCCAAAAAAAAAUAUAAAUAAGGAUUUAACAAAUUUAUUGAGUCAGAUUUUUAUUAAUAAUCCAAAAAAAAGAAUUAAUAUUUUUGAUAUUCAAAAUCACACUUGGUUUAAAGAAUAACCUUAAUUAUAAAAAUUAAAUUUCAAUUAGAUUUCCUCUCAUAAUGGUAGAUCAGUAAGUGUCUCUAUUAUGAAUUCAUAAAAAAAGUCUAAAGAUGAAGAUUAAAUUUAAAUUUUUAGUCAAAGAAAGAUUAUCUUUAAUAGAAGAUCUAAUACAAGGAAUGAUAAACUAUCAUUUUUAAAUAAAAUCAAAUGA